CAAGCGCCUCAGGACUGUGCGCAGGUGGAAGUUUUCGCGAAGUUUUGAGCCUCUCGGGCGGCUCAUCAUCACCAGGCACGACCCGUCUCCGUCCUGCCAGCUCUCUCCAGGUUCAGAGUCCUUUCCGCCCCCGCCCUGGGACCCCUUGCGGGUCUCCGCCUGGACCUCCGCCCAGUGCGCGCGCCUCAGCUCCUCGGCUCAGGCCUGUGUGGAAUGUCCCCAGCCCGGGCGCGCGGCUCUGCAGCCCUUGGUCUCCGCCGCUGCCUGUGUCGUUUCUCCUCCGCGCGCCCCGAGGACCACAUGCUAGUCUCCCCAGAAUACAAGCUUUAUUAGGACAGAAGUUCCCCCGCGUCGGCUCCUGGGAGCGCGCCUGACACAGCAGCGGCCUGAUGCUGGUAUCCAGGACCAUGUGUACGGAGAAGGUUCCUCUCAGGCCAGGCUGGGACUAGAGGAAGAUCCCUGUGGGUUCCUACCCAAGGUGCAAUCUUUAGAGCAGGUGCCUAGAGUGGCCAGGAGAGACGGUGCCAGAGGAGCUCAGUGGACAGCAGGCAGCCAUGGGGCUGCUCACCGGGGAUGCACUGUGGACCCUGGGUGUGGCCAUGGCCAUCUUCCUGCUCCUGGUGGACCUGAUGCACCGGCGCCAACGCUGGGCUGCUCGCUACCCACCAGGCCCCAUGCCACUGCCUGGGCUGGGCAACCUGCUGCAGAUUGACUUCCAGAACAUGACAAACUCCUUCCAAAAGCUGCGGUUCCGCUUUGGCGACGUGUUCAGCCUGCAGCUGGCCUGGAAGCCUGCCAUAGUGCUCAACGGGCUGGCAGCUGUGCGGGAGGCGCUGGUGAACCACAGCGAGGACACCUCGGACCGCCCGUGGAUGCCAAUCUAUGAGCACCUGGGCUUGGGACCGCAUUCUCAAGGGGUGAUCAUGGCAACCUAUGGUCCUGCCUGGCGUGAGCAGCGGCGCUUCUCCGUGUCCACCAUGCGCAACUUUGGCCUGGGCAAGAAGUCCCUGGAGCGGUGGGUGACCGAGGAGGCCAGCUGCCUCUGUACAGCCUUUGACAACGAAGCCGGACACCCCUUUAGCCCCAGAACCCUCCUGAACAAGGCAGUGUGCAACGUGAUCUCCUCCCUCAUCUAUGCCCACCGCUUCGAGUAUGAUGACCAGCGCUUGACCAAGAUACUGGACCUUCUGGAGGACCUGCUAAAGGAGGAAUCCGGCUUGGUGCCUAUGGUGCUGAAUGUGGUCCCAGUGCUCCUGCGCAUCCCAGGGCUGCCUGGCAGGGUCUUCCCUGCACAGAAGGCCUUCAUGGCCCUGUUGGACGAGCUGUUGACAGAGCACAGGAUGACCCGAGACCCAGCCCAGCCACCCCGAGACCUGACUGACGCCUUCCUGGCUGAGGUGGAGAAGGCCAAGGGGAACCCUGAGAGCAGCUUCAAUGAUGAGAACCUGCGCAUAGUGGUGGCUGACCUGUUCACGGCAGGGAUGGUGACCACCUCGACCACGCUGGCCUGGGCCCUCCUGCUCAUGAUCCUGCACCCGGAUGUGCAGCGCCGCGUCCAACAGGAGAUUGAUGAGGUGAUAGGGCAGGUGCGGCCGCCAGAGAUGGGGGACCAGGCCCGCAUGCCCUUCACCAUGGCCGUGAUUCACGAGGUGCAGCGUUUUGGGGACAUCGUCCCACUGGGUGUGCCCCACUUGACAACCCGGGACAUCGAAUUGCAGGGCUUCUUCAUCCCCAAGGGGACGACGCUCGUCACCAACCUGUCAUCUGUGCUGAAGGAUGAGACCGUCUGGGAGAGGCCCCUCCGCUUCCACCCUGGACACUUCCUGGAUGCCCAGGGCUGCUUUGUGAAGCGGGAGGCCUUCAUGCCUUUCUCAGCAGCGCUUCACCUUCUCGGUGCCCGCUGGACAGCCCCGGCCCAGCGACCAUGGAGUGUUUGGUGCCAUGGUGACCCCACCCCCCUACCAACUGUGUGCUGUGCCCCGCUAGAGGAGGCGGCAGACCCCCACCCUGCCCCCAGACGGGCUCUGACGUUCAAUAAAGCAGUGUUGUCCUGCCUCGCCCCUUGUUUCUGACUCGGCCCGGCUGUGGGGUCCUCAGCCCCGUGUCUGAGGCCAGCCCUCGCCCCUGCCCCAUCCUUCUGACUGGACUCCUGGAAUGCGCUGGAGAAACGGGCGUCCUGUGCUCAGCAGGUGGCAUUUUGCCCCAUGACACCCACAGAGACCCUUCGCCGGCUGCUGGGUUGAUGGCCAACUGAAGAGGAAGUCUGGACUCUGAGGGUCUCAGGUGGGGGACAAGCGGACAGGUUUCCACUAAGAAUCGGCUAAGAAUCAACGCCGUGUCAGGCUGGCUGCCAGGUGGCGGGACUCGGAGCAGGUGCUGCUCCCCAGGAAGUUUGACGGAGCCUCCGUGUCCAGGGGUGUUUUCUUGGGGUUGGUCUGUUAGGGGUGGAGCUGCCACAUGGCCAGCUGCAGGGACUCAGUCCCUGUCCUCUUGUGGGUCAGACGAGAUGGCCCAGCACCCUACCCAGAUCCCGUCCCUGGUGCGAAGUACCCUGGAGAGACACAGGCGCUUGCCAGGAAGGACGUGCCGAGGUUUCGGGAAGGCCUUCCUUGCAGCCCCUCCCGAGUCAGUCAUUCGUUGUAGUGUGGGAUGGAAUCCCCAGGCCUGCUGAGUAACUCUGUCCUGCAAGGGCCACUUGGCUCCUACUGCAGAAGGAUCACAUCUGUGUGAGCACCUGUGUUGGUUUUUAUUGUGGUAAGCCUACACCAAAAUGUACUCUCGAACCACUUUCAAGUGUGCAGCUAGGUUCUAUGAAGAAUAUUAACAAUGUGCAGUCAUCACACUGUCUGUCUGCCCAACUCUGCCCUGCAAACCUGAAACUGUAUCCUGUAGCUUCCCCUGCACCCCUCCCCUCAGUGUCCGCAGUCUUCUUAGUUUCUGUGAAUGUGACUGGCAUGGAUACAUCUUUGGAGUGGACUCAUGCACUCUUUGUUUUUUUUUUUUUACUUAUGUUCUUAGGAUUCAUUCAUGUUGUCACAGGUAUCAGUACUUAAUUUUUAAGGCAGAAUGAUAUUCUGUCAUAUGAAUAUGCCAUAGCCCUCCCUUGUC